UAAUGUUGCUCUAGAUGAUAUGCUUUAUGAUGAAAAAGAUCUACAACGUAGCUAUGAUAAGAUUGAAGCAGUAGAUUACCAUCAAGAAGUUGAGGUUGAAGGAAUAAAAUUUACGAGCUAUAAUGCUGGACACGUUUUAGGUGCUGCUAUGUUUUUAAUUGAAAUAGCUGGUGUUAAAAUAUUAUACACGGGGGAUUAUUCAAGAGAAGAAGAUAGACAUUUAAUGGCAGCUGAACUUCCUCAUACUCAAUCUGAUGUAUUGAUUACUGAAUCCACUUAUGGUGUACAGAGUCAUGAACCAAGAUUAGAAAAAGAAGCAAGAUUUACUGGUCUUGUUCAUGAUAUCGUACAACGUGGUGGAAGAUGUCUAAUGCCAGUUUAUGCAUUGGGUCGUGCACAAGAAUUAUUAUUGAUUCUUGAUGAGUAUUGGGAAGCUCAUCCUGAAUUGGAAUCGGUGCCAAUUUAUUAUGCAUCAUCUUUGGCAAAAAAAUACUCGGUAAAAGUUAGACACAUUGGUAAAAAUCAGGUGCAGCUUGAAUGGUUGGGAACAUCCAUGAACGACAAAAUUGCUGACUCUGUAUCCGCAGUUAUUCUAAAUAUUGAGAGCAUUACAAGUCCUCCGCAUCACACUCAUAUACUGGAAGAUCAUGAACACGACGCAAUGGAUACCGACAAAUCGGAAGGUGACGGUGAUAAAACAGAGAAAAUGACGACAACAAAGAUUUCAGCAUUGCAAAUAGCAGAAAAUUAUUUUAAAAAGCAAUUCGGUGAUGCAAUAAGUAAAACGGAUUCAAAUGAAGAGAUUAUUAUUAAAGUGGACAAUAUGAUCGCCGAAGAGAUUACAACCGAUGAUGAAAUAUUAAGAAAUAGGAUAGAAAGUAUUGUACCUCGUGUAGCAAAGCUUUUAAGACCACUAGAAUUUUGUCCAGAGUAA